AUGGACGGUCCACCACCACCAAAGCCCGCAUUUCAAGGCUCACGGCCGGUGGUGCCACCACUGCCAACAGCCGGUCGCAACGGGCGGAGCCCUCCAUCCAGCGACUCUGAGCUCUUUCAGCGCAUUCGAGAACACAACGAGUUUCCACCCUUGCUGCAGCACAGCGAUGCUUGGACGAAGCUGGCACCUUACAAGCAGAUUCGCCUCUUCCGUGGGCCAUCCGACUGCAUUGCCAGCGCAUUCACUCCCAGCGCCUGCGAGCUUUCCACAAAAGCCGUGCCCCAACCAACCAAGCGGGCAAAGCGGAGCCCAACACCAAGCACAUCCGGCGGUGUGGGCACUAGCACAUCCAUGACGAGCAGCAGCCUGCAAUCCAUCAAGCUGCCGCCACUGGAUGUCCCACAGAGCCGGCCAAUGACACCUGCACAGCAGCGUGAAGCGGCAGAUCGCCAGUCCAGCGCGCAAAGUUCCACUUCGCCAUAUGUUGCCGAGAUUUCACAAGAAGACCAGAAGCGCAUUGACUACUACACGGCCAAUGCCUUCGACGAAGCACACCUGCCAAAGCUCGACGAGAGCAUGGUCGACUACGACCCAGUCACUGGCUCGACCAUUCCGCGCCACGUGACAGAGAACAUUGACAUGCUCGUCCCGGGCUGGCUGCUGUCGGCGGAGUCGCUUGACGCCGCCCGACGGGAGCUGGGGCAGGAGGUGGAGACAGUCCACCGUGAUGCCCUCAAGCGCGCUAUUCUCGAAUACAUUCUCAAGGAUGAGGGCGAGCGACAGAGGCUACGUAUCAGUGGGAUUCCGCAGCCGUUCACACCGCAGACCAUGCGCGCGCCCGUGCCGUGGCAUGAGGACGUGGUCACUGCUGCCGCCAUCAUUGAGGACACACUGCAGAUCACGCACCCGAUUCUCCCUGCACUUCUCAAGCUCUGGCACACCGACUUUCACACGUGCCGGGCACUGGACGUGCACGCUGUUCGCCAGCACAUCAACGACAAUGACUCACUCACACUUUCAGAGUUUGAGAACGCCGUCAACACACACUGCACAGAUGCCCAUGGCGUGGUCGCGAAAGCGUGGCUGGAGGAUGUGGUGCAGAUUAUCACGGCGCUGCGUGCCACGUGGCAGCCCCUCAUGGAGCCCGCAGACGCCGACGUCGCAGGCGGCUACGAGGCGCUGGAGCACCUGUUUGACACCAUCUGCUCGCUCAUGUCGAUCCAGCUCCGCACGUGUGUCCGCGAGUCUCUCCUCGACUACAUUGGGCUUGUUGAGGACUACGCAGACCCCAACAAGUACGAGGGCGAGUACACGGAUGAAAACGUGCACGUGCGCCCGCUCCUGCGCGUGAAACUCGUGGUUGAAGAGGAUGACAUCAUCAUUUCCCCCUCCCUCUCCCGUGUCGCGGAGGUCCUCUCGUCGGCCUGUGUCAGCAUCGCCAAGGUUGGGCUGCACGUGCGGCGUGCGGAGACGUUCAUCUUCCCCGAAUUCGCCGACCGCGAUGACAUGCGUGUACCGAGCGGCACGCUGGACGACGAGACGGUGCUGCAGGCCCAGCAGCGCAUCUCUCGCGUCCUCCACGACAACAGAUAUGGGCCCGUCAAGUACGCAAAGAUUUACAACGAGUACAAGCACCUGCUUGCGACGCGACUUGAGCUGAGCGAGGCAGAGAAGAAACUUGUCGAGUUCUUGCGCAAGGACCCCACGCUGCAGCAGUGUGACUCAUACAUCAAGAAGAUUCAGGCGACGAUGGAAUCCAUCCAGGACCGCCGCGUGACAGCGCCGCUGGGGCUGUACCUGCUCGACAUGAGCGACCUGCACGAGACGCUGCUCGGGUGCUGCUCCAAGCUCAUUGAGACGAUUGUUGCGCAUGUGGUGGAGAAGAAUCGGCGGCUCAACCGCAGCAUCUGCGACCGCUUUGACGAGAUGGCCAACAAGCUCACGGACAAGCCCGAGGACACGGAGAGCAUGACGCAGCUGUUUGAAUACCUGCAGGAGGCCAAGACCGAUACCAUCUUCAAGCUCAAGGACGAGAUCAAGGAAGCUGGCGAGCGGAUCCGGUUCCUGAUGCGCUAUGCCGAGCUGACGCCGGACGAUGUGAAGGUCAACACCACCACCAUCAAGUGGCCAGCGAAGGUCGACCCAAUGUUCGACAUUGCCCAGCGCCGCAUCGACGAGCGAAGGAUCUCUGCGGAGAAGGAGGUGAAGCUGCACGUGGUUGACUUUGAGGAGAAGCUGCGGCAGUACCACCAGCGCGCUGAGGCCUUUCAGACAAAGGCGGACGGCCUCCGCUCGAUUGAACCGACCAGGCGCAAUGUUGAGGAGCUCGACGACCUCAACACCAGCAUCGAGGCUGCCCGCGCAGAGGCUGAGCGCAUCAACCGGGAGGAAGAGUUGCUUGAGUUUGACCAGACGCAGUUCCCUCUGCUAGACCAGACGACAUCCUUCCUCGAGCCCUUUGACCGUCUGUGGCGCACAGCAAAGACGUUUAUGACGCAAGAGCAGGCGUGGCUGCGCAGCCCCUUCAUGAACCUCAAGGCCGAGGACGUAGAGGAUGAGUUGGGGCAGCUGUUCCGCCAGGCAUUCAAGCUGACGAAGCAGCUGGCAGACUACACGGGCCCCGCCAAGACGGCGGAGGUGCUCAAGCGGCACAUUGAGGCGUUCCGCAAGAACAUCCCCAUCAUCCAAGUAGUGUGCAACCCGGGUAUGAAGGACAGGCACUGGGAGCAGCUGAGCGACCUGACUGGCUUUGAGAUUGAGCCGGACGAAGGCACGCGCCUGGAGCAGAUGCUGGCCAUCGGCCUGCAAAAGCAUGUUGAGCGUGUUGAGGAGAUUGGCGCGGCGGCAAGCAAGGAGUACUCGCUCGAGAAGGCGUUUGCAAACAUGAAAACGGACUGGGGCGACAUGGCCUUCAACUUCACGCUGUACCGCGACACGGGCGUGAACAUCCUGUCGGGCAUUGACGAUGUGCAGAUGCUGCUGGAUGACCACAUUGUCAAGACCCAGACCAUGCGUGGCUCUCCUUUCAUCAAACCGUUUGAAGCCGACAUCAAGGAGUGGGAGGCCAAGCUCAUCAGCAUGCAGGAUAUUCUCGACGAGUGGCUGAAGGUGCAAGCGACAUGGCUGUAUCUGGAGCCCAUCUUCAGCUCCGAAGACAUUAUGGCGCAGCUGCCGGAGGAGGGCCGCAAGUUCACCAUUGUCGACAAGAGCUGGCGUCAGAUCAUGGGCGUGGCCACGCAGGACCCGAACGCGCUCGUGUGCACAGACCAGCCAAACAUGCUUGAGACACUGCGGGAGGCCAACAGCCUGUUGGAUGACAUUCAGAAGGGGCUGAACAAGUACCUUGAAGUGAAGCGCCUGUUCUUCCCGCGCUUCUUCUUCCUCUCCAACGACGAACUGCUGGAGAUUCUGUCCGAGACGAAGGACCCAACGCGCGUGCAGCCGCACAUGAAGAAGUGCUUUGAGGGCAUUGCGCGCCUCAAGUUUGACGAGCAGCAGCAGAUUCUGGGCAUGAUCUCGAGCGAGAACGAGGAGGUGCAGUUUGACCGCGUGCUUGUUCCUGCCGACGCCAAGGGAAUGGUUGAAAAGUGGCUCGACGAGGUCCUCAAGACCAUGAUCUCCUCCCUUCGCAAGGUUAUUUCGGAGAGUUUGAAGGCGUACGCAAAGACGUCGCGCAACCAGUGGGUGCAGGACUGGCCGGGGCAGGUUGUGCUGGCCGUGUCCAGCAUCUUCUGGACUUCAAACGUGGAGGAAGCCCUGGCGUCCAAGAAGGGGCUUGAGGCCUUCCUGGCCGUCAGCAACGAGCAGAUCAACCAGAUUGUGGAGAUGGUGCGCGGCAAACUGAGCAAGGCCCUGAGGCGAACGCUCAGCGCUCUCACCGUCAUCGACGUCCACGCACGCGAUGUCGUUGCACAAAUGAUCAAGGACGGCGUGAACAGCACAAACGACUUUGACUGGAUUGCGCAGCUGCGCUACUACUGGGAAAUGGCCACCACUGACGAGGGCAUCGAGCGCGAGGAUGUGCUUGUGAAGAUGAUCACAACCACGGUGCACUACGGCUACGAGUACCUGGGCAACUCUGGCCGCCUCGUCAUCACGCCGCUCACAGAUCGCUGCUACCGCACGCUCAUGGGUGCGCUGCUGCUUGAUCUUGGCGGUGCACCGGAGGGCCCAGCAGGCACAGGCAAGACGGAGACGUGCAAGGAUCUCGCAAAAGCGGUCUCAAAGCAGUGCGUCGUGUUCAAUGGACCCGCUAUCCUCACAUUUGCUUGCUCGGAUGGCCUCGACUACAAGGCAAUGGGCAAGUUCUUCAAAGGCCUGGCGCAGGCCGGAGCGUGGGCGUGCUUUGACGAGUUCAACCGCAUCGAGCUGGAGGUGCUCUCUGUCGUUGCGCAGCAGAUUCACAGCAUCGUGUUUGCCAAGACGCAGCACGUCAAGACGUUCAUGUUUGAGGGCACGGAAAUCUCCCUGGAUCCUGCGUGCACGCAGUUUAUCACGAUGAACCCCGGGUAUGCGGGGCGCCAGGAGCUGCCAGACAACCUCAAGGUGCUGUUCCGCACCGUGGCCAUGAUGGUGCCGGACUACGCCCUGAUUGGCGAGAUUAUGCUCUACUCCAUGGGCUUUGUCAACGCCAGGCAGCUUGCGCAGAAGAUUGUGGCCGUGUAUCGGCUGUGCUCGGAGCAGCUGUCCUCGCAGUCACACUACGACUACGGCAUGCGCGCCGUCAAGGCGGUGCUCACGGCCGCCGGCAACCUCAAGCUGGCCUACCCGGAGGAGGACGAGAGCGUGCUCAUGCUGCGCUCCAUCAUCGACGUCAACCUGCCCAAGUUCCUCUCGCACGACGUGCCGCUGUUCGAGGGCAUCACCUCCGAUCUCUUCCCAGGGGUGCAGCUGCCAAAGCCGGACUACGCUGCCAUCACCAGCGCCGUGGAGAGCAACUUUGCAAAGCACAACCUGCAGCCCACGCCGUACCACGUGAAGAAGAUUAUCCAAAUCUACGAGAUGAUGCUGGUGCGCCACGGCUUUAUGAUUGUGGGCGACCCGCUCUCUGGCAAGACGGUGGCGUGGAAGAUGCUGGCAGGCGCCAUGCGGGACCUGGCGGACGCUGGGCUCAUGGAGGCAAACCCGGUGCAUGUCGACAUCAUCAACCCAAAGGCCAUCACCAUGCAGCAGCUGUAUGGCAGCUUUGACCCCGUCUCCCACGAGUGGUCGGAUGGCGUGCUUGCCAACACGUACCGUGCACAGGCCGUGUCGACAACGGAGGACCGCAAGUGGCUCAUGUUUGACGGGCCCGUCGACGCCGUGUGGAUCGAGAACAUGAACACUGUCCUCGACGACAACAAGAAGCUCUGCCUCAUGUCUGGCGAGAUUAUUCAGAUGAGCAACAAGAUGAGCCUCAUCUUUGAGCCGCGCGACUUGCUCGUUGCGUCCCCGGCCACGGUGUCCCGCUGCGGCAUGAUCUACAUGGAGCCGCACCAGCUCGGGUGGCGCCCCAGCUUCGAGUCCUGGCUCAACGACCUGCCGCAGGCCCUGCGCGAGACGGAAGACAACGUCACGCACCUGCGCAACAUGUUCGAGUGGCUGAUGGACCCCGUGCUGAGCUUUGUCCGCCACGAGUGCGCGCUGUUUGUGGACACCUCUGGCGUGCACCUGGCGCGGCAGACGAUGAACAUCUUCUCCUGCCUCAUGGAGCCCUGGCGCUCGACGGAGGACAGCCCGCCCUCCCUCGCCCAGACGGGGCCCAUGCUCGAGUCCCUGUUUGUGUUUGCGGUGGUGUGGGGCGUGGGCGGCGGCCUGACCGGCGCCAGCAGGCCCAAGUUUGACGAGCACCUGCGCUCCGUGCUCACGGGCACCAACGACCACGUGCCCAAGCCCAAGACGGUCAAGUUCAACAAACAGGCCAUUCCGCCGGAGCGCGGCAGCGUGUUUGACUUUGUGUUUGAGAGCCAGCAGUGGCACCACUGGUCCGACCGCAUUGAGAAGAAGGAUAUCCCGCCCACGGCGCACCCGAACGAGCUCAUCAUCCCGACAACGGAGACGGUGCGCCAGCUCUACUUCCUGGACAUGCACCUCAAGAACCACAAGCCGCUGCUGUACGUCGGCCCGACAGGCACGGGCAAGUCGGCCAUUGUUGGCGAUGCGCUUGUGAAGCUGCCCAAGGAGCACUACCUCCCCAACACCAUCACCUUCUCCGCACGCACGACAGCGGAGCAGACGCAGGACAUUAUCCUGUCCAAGCUGGACCGCCGGCGCAAAGGCGUGUACGGCCCGCCCAUGGGCAAGCAGUGCGUUGUGUUUGUGGACGACCUCAACAUGCCGCAGAAGGAGAAGUACGGCGCGCAGCCGCCGAUUGAGCUGCUGCGGCAGUGGCUGGACCACUGGCACUGGUACGACCUCAAGGACACGUCCCGCCUGGACCUGGUGGACCUGCUGUUUGUGGGCGCCAUGGGCCCGCCGGGCGGUGGCCGCAACACCAUCACCCCGCGCUUCGCCCGGCACCUCGACAUCAUGGGCAUCGAGUCAUUUGAUGACACGACCAUGACCAAGAUCUUCAGCAGCAUCAUGGACUGGCACUUCUCCAAGGGCUUUGACGCGUCGUACAAGCGGCUGGGCGCAUCGCUGGUGAUGGCAACGGCCGACAUCUACAAGCACGUGGCUGCGGAGCUGCUGCCCACGCCGAGCAAGAGCCACUACACCUUCAACCUGCGCGACUUUGCCCGCGUGGUGCAGGGCGUGAUGAUGGUGCCCCCCGCCAGCAUGACGGAGCCCAACAAGCUGGUGCGGCUGUGGGUGCACGAGGUGUACCGCGUGUUCUACGACCGCCUCGUGGACGACAGCGAUCGCGCGCUGCUGUUUGAGGCUGUCAAGCGCGUGACCAAAGAGCAGUUCAAGGCGGACUUCAAGACGCUGUUUGCGCACCUGGCCAGCGACCCGCAGCAAGGGCCCGUGGACGACGACAUGCGCUCGCUCUUCUUUGGCGAUUACAUGCAGCCGGGCGCAGACCCGCGCAUUUACGAUGAGGUGCAGGACCUGGAUGCGCUGCGUGAGACCAUGGAGGAGUACCUGAGCGACUACAACCAGCUGUCCAAGACGCCCAUGAGCCUGGUCAUGUUCCGCUUUGCAAUUGAGCACGUGAGCCGCCUCGCGCGCAUCAUGAAGCAGCCCAACGGGCACGCCCUGCUGGUGGGCAUUGGCGGCAGCGGGCGCCAGUCGUCCACCAAGCUGGCCGCGGCCAUGGCAGAGUACACGCUGUUCCGCAUUGAGCUGACCAAGACGUACUCCUUUGCAGACUGGCGCGAGGACAUCAAGGCCAUGCACCGCCUGUCCGGGUUUGAGGGCAAGCCCACCGUGUUCCUGUUCAGUGACAACCAGAUCAAGGAGGAGGCGUUCCUGGAGGACGUGAACAUGCUGCUGAACACGGGCGACGUGCCGAGCCUGUACGCCGCCGACGAGAAGGCCGAGAUUAUCGAGCGCAUGGCGCAGGUGGUCAAGGAGCAGAAGCUCACGGACGUUGACACCACGCCGCUGGCCAUGUACAACUUCUUCAUCUCGCGCGUGCGCAAGAACCUGCACAUUGUGCUGGCGAUGAGCCCGAUUGGAGACGCGUUCCGCCGCCGGCUGCGCCAGUUCCCGGCCAUGGUCAGCUGCUGCACCAUCGACUGGUUCCGGGCGUGGCCCGAGGAUGCGCUGGAGAUGGUGGCGCACAAGUUCCUGGAGGAGGUGGACAUGGAGGCCGAGGUCCGCGAGGAGGUGGUGUCCAUGUGCAAGCACUUCCACGAAUCUGUACGCACCAUGUCCGAGGAUUUCUACGGCACGCUGCGGCGCCGCAACUACGUCACGCCAACGUCGUACCUGGAGCUGAUACAGACGUUCAAGGACCUGCUGCGCAAGAAGCGGCACGAGGUGCAGACGCUGCAGUCGCGAUACGCCGUGGGCGUGGAGAAGCUCGACUUUGCCGCGGAACAGGUGUCUGUGAUGCAGGAGGAGCUUGUGGCGCUGCAGCCGGAGCUUGUGAAGACCUCCGAGGAGGUGGCGGCGAAGAUGAAGGAGAUUGAGGCGGACUCUGUGGAGGUUGACGCAAAGAAGGCUGUGGUGGCCGCCGACGAGGAAGUGGCCGCAAAGGCCGCGGCAGAGGCGACGGCAAUCAAGGAGGAGUGCGAGGCAGACCUUGCCGUUGCGCUGCCGGCGCUGAAGAACGCUGUUGCUGCGCUGGACACGCUCAAGCCCAGCGACAUUGGCGAGGUGAAGGCGAUGAAGAACCCGCCCGCCGGCGUGAAGAUGGUGAUGGAGGCCGUGUGCAUCAUGAAGCAGGUGAAGCCGGACCGCAUCAAGGACCCAGGCGGCAGCGGGAACAUGGUGCAGGACUACUGGGGCCCGUCGAAGCGUAUGCUCGGCGACAUGAAGUUCCUGCAGUCGCUCAAGGACUACGACAAGGACAACAUCCCGCCCAAGACGAUCAAGGUGAUCCGGGACAAGUACGCGGCAGAUGAGAACUUCCGCCCGGAGAAGCUGCAGAAGGUGUCCGCGGCUGCGGUUGGCCUGUGCUCGUGGGUGCUGGCCAUGGAGGUGUACGACCGCGUGGCCAAGGUGGUGGCGCCCAAGAAGGAGAAGCUCAAGGUGGCUGAGGGCGAGCUGGCGGUGCAGAUGCAGAAGCUGGAAGAGAAGCGCGCGGAGCUCAAGGCCGUGACCGACAAGCUGCAGGCGCUCAAGGACGAGUUGGACGCCAUGGUGAAGAAGAAGGAGGAGCUUGCCGACAACAUUGACAUGUGCGCGAAGAAGCUUGAGCGUGCGGAGCAGCUGAUUGGCGGCCUCGGUGGCGAGCGCACCCGCUGGACCGCGCUGGCGCAGGAGCUGAGCGAGAAGUAUGUGCGGGUGACGGGCGACAUUCUGCUGUCCUCUGGCGUGGUGGCCUACCUGGGGCCCUUCACCGUGACCUACCGCAACGACUGCGUGCAAAAGUGGCGGGAGCUGUGCAUUGAGAAGAACAUCCCUUGCUCGGACACGUUCUCGCUGCGGGCGACGCUCGGGCAGCCUGUGCUCAUCCGCGACUGGCAGAUUGCGGGGCUGCCCGUGGACGACUUCUCCACGGAGAACGGCAUCAUCGUGAGCAACGCGCGGCGCUGGCCACUCAUGAUUGACCCGCAGAGCCAGGCGAACAAGUGGGUGAAGAACAUGGAACGCGACAACCAGCUGUCCGUGAUCAAGCUCUCGGACGCCAACUUUGUGCGCACGCUGGAGAACAGCAUCCAGUUUGGGCGGCCCGUGCUGCUGGAGAACGUGGGGGAGGAGCUUGACCCGAUCCUGGAGUCUGUGCUGCUGAAGCAGACGUUCAAGUCGGGCGGCGUUGAGCUCAUCAGGCUCGGCGAGAACGUGAUUGAGUACUCCAAGGACUUCCGCUUCUACAUCACGACGCGGCUGCGUAACCCGCACUACCUGCCGGAGGUGCAGGUGAAGAUCACGCUGCUCAACUUUAUGAUCACGCGGGAGGGCCUGCAGGACCAGCUGCUGGGCAUUGUUGCGGCAGAGGAACGGCCGGAGCUGGAGGAGCAGAAGAACAAGCUCAUUCUCGAGUCGGCCGCCAACAAGCGGCAGCUGAAGCAGAUUGAGGACAAGAUUCUGGAGGUGCUGUCCGGGUCUGAGGGCAACAUUUUGGAGGACGAGACGGCGAUCCAGGUGCUGAGCUCCUCCAAGACCCUGUCCAUUGAGAUUUCGGAGAAGCAGGUGGUGGCGGAGGCGACGUCCAAGGAGAUUGACGAGACGCGCAACGGCUACGUGCCUGUGGCGACGCACUCUGCCACGCUGUUCUUCGCCAUUGCAGACCUGGCCAACAUUGAGCCUAUGUACCAGUACUCGCUGACGUGGUUCACGGACUUGUAUGUGCGCAGCAUCCGCGAAUCGACGCCGUCGCAGGACCUGAAGGAGCGCAUCAAGACGCUCAACGACCACUUCACGUACAGCAUCUACCGCAACGUGUGCCGCUCCCUGUUUGAGAAGGACAAGCUCCUGUUCUCGUUUGUGCUGACGGUGCAGCUGCUCAAGUCGCACGGGGAAGUAAACGACGACGAGUGGCGCUUCCUGCUCACGGGCGGCGUUGCGCUGGACAACCCGCACCCAAACCCGGCGCCCGCGUGGCUCUCAGACAAGGCGUGGUCGGAGAUUGUGCGUGCAAAUGACCUGCCCAGCGGCGCUCUUGAUGGACUGCGCGAAGGCUUUGUGGAGCAAGUGGAUGCCUUCAAGGCGUUUUAUGACCACAGCUCGCCGCAAACGCAACCUCUUCCCUCGCCGUGGGAGGAGAAGCUGGACGACAUGCAGAAGCUCAUCUUGCUGCGCUGUCUUCGUCCGGACAAGAUUGUGCCGCGCGUGUACACAUAUGUGCGGGACAACCUUGGUGCACGCUACACUGAGCCACCGACAUUUGACCUUGCCGGGUCAUAUGCAGACAGCAACAGCUGCGCAGCGCUCAUCUUCGUGCUGUCGCCUGGCGCUGAUCCGAUGGCAUCGCUGCUCAAGUUUGCGGAGGCGCGUGGGUACGGUGGCAACCGCACGCAGACCAUCUCGCUCGGUCAAGGGCAAGGGCCCAUCGCAGAGAAGUUGAUUGAGGAGGCCAUGAAAGAAGGGACGUGGGUUGUGCUGCAAAACUGCCAUCUGUACACGUCGUGGCUGCCGCGACUGGAGUACAUCACGGAGGAGGUGAUGAUCCCCGAGAACACACACGAGAAUUUCCGGUUGUGGCUGACGUCGUACCCGACGGAAGAGUUCCCUGUCUCCAUCCUGCAAAACGGCGUGAAGAUGACAAACGAGCCACCAAAGGGCCUGCGCAACAACCUGCUGCGAUCGUACUUGAACGAUCCCAUUUCCGACAUGUCGUUCUUCGAGGGGUGCAGCACGCCCGACCGCUGGGAGAAGCUGCUGUUUGCGCUGUGCUUCUUCCACGGGCUGAUUCAGGAGCGGCGGAACUUUGGGCCGCUUGGCUGGAACAUCCCUUACGAGUUCAAUGAGAGCGACCUGCGCAUCAGCGUGCGCCAGAUGCAAAUGUUCCUUAACGACUACACCGAACUGCCACUCCCUGCCCUCACCUACCUCGUUGGCCAGUGCAACUACGGCGGGCGCGUGACAGAUGACUGGGAUCGGCGUCUGCUCGGCAGCCUGCUGUCCAUCUUCUACACGCCCGAAGUCGUGCAUGAUGACGACUACCGCUUCUCGCCCAGCGGCAUCUACUACGCACCACCCAAAGGAUCUUACCAAGAGUACCUCGACUACAUCAAGCAGCUGCCACAAGCACCCAACCCGGAAGUGUUCGGCUUACACGAGAAUGCGGACAUCACAAAGGACCAGAAGGAGACGAACGAGCUCUUCUCUUCAAUCCUGCUGACUCUGCCUCGGCAACAAAACGCCGGUGGCAAGUCUGCCAACGAGACCAUUGACGAGCUGUGCGCUGAUGUCCUGUCGAAGUUGCCGAAGCCGUUUGACCACGAGGUCAUCCAGGAAAAGUUCCCCGUCAUGUACACGGAGUCGAUGAACACGGUGUUGACUCAGGAGGUUGUCCGCUUCAACCGUCUCCUCAAGACGAUCCGCGCCUCCCUCGAGAACGUUCGCAAGGCCAUCAAAGGGCUUGUGCUUAUGUCUGGGGAUCUUGAGGAGGUGUUCCAGAGCAUGCUGGUUGGCCGCGUGCCGGAGAUGUGGGCCGGUGUCUCAUACCCGUCGCUCAAGCCGCUCGGGUCGUACAUCAGCGACCUCACGCAUCGGUUGGAGUUCUUGCAAGGGUGGAUUGACAACGGCACCCCAUCUUCCUUCUGGCUCUCCGGCUUCUUCUUCACGCAGGCGUUCUUGACUGGUGCGCAGCAAAACUUUGCGAGAAAGUACAAGAUCCCAAUUGACCACCUCGUGUUUGACUUUCAUGUCAUGGACAUUGAGAGCAAUGACCACCACAAGAUAACCAAAGGUCCCGAGGACGGCGUGUAUGUGUAUGGGCUGCACCUUGAAGGCGCUCGCUUUGAUCGGGAGAAGAAGGUGUUGGGCGAGUCGCUGCCCAAGGUGUUGACGGAUUUGAUCCCUUGCAUUCACCUCAGCCCCAUGGAGAAGAGCAAGAAGCCAGAGCGUUCCGUCUACGUCUCGCCGCUGUACAAGACGGCCGCACGCCGAGGCACGCUGUCCACGACUGGGCACAGUACCAACUAUGUGAUGGCAGUUGAUUUGCCAACAGACAAGCCGCAAUCCCACUGGGUGAACCGUGGCACGGCCCUCCUCUGCUCUCUCAGCGAUUAA